AUGGGGGCUUGCCAGGCAGCGGAGGCAGUUUCUGACCCAGAAGUAGCGGUGGACGACGAGCCCCCUCCACGGUCUCCACCAGCCGUGUUCGAAAGUGAUGACUGCAACAUGGAGGACUAUGACCCUGAGGCAAGGCUUUGCAAGUUCGCCUGUGGCAAGCGAGUUCAGCCUGGCGAGACGAGAAGAGGUAAGAAGUUCGAUACUUGUUGCAGGAUGUGUGCCAUCAACAAGGGUGGUGGAUUUCAUGAUGCCACCUGUGGAGGGAAAGCCCCGCCUCCGGUUGAUUCACGGAAGGCGUGUGGGAAAGGUUCGAAGUGCAGAGAUCGCAGCGAAGCCCACUUGAAGGCCAUGGCGCACCCCCUUGACGAGUUGGUAAGAGCCAUGGGCAAGAAGAACAAGAAGUCCUCGAAAGAGCUUGAACCCAACUUUCAGAAGCUCGCUCUCACGAAAGACGGGGAGCUUUCCCGAAGAUUCAAGGAGGUUCUUGUUGAGAUCUUCACACGCUUCGACCUUGACGGAGAUGGCCUGCUCUGCGAUGCAGAAUUGCAGGGCUUUAGCCGUGUAGCCAACAAGGAUGGUAGGGAGUUUACGGAGGUGGAGCUAUCUGAGAUGAGGUCCAUGUUCCACUGGAAGGAGGGAGGUCCAGCUGCCGGCCUCACUCUACGUGGCUUUGUGCAGCUCUACGAGCGCCAAACGGAAAUCUCCGAAGAGGAGACCUGGUCGGACCUCUUCCGCCUCGGCUUCAACCACUCCCUCCAACCGGCGCACGCGGAGGAGGCGCCUCCUGCCGCAGAAACCGCAGAAUUGGAGGAAGAGCUCAGGCGCUUUGCAUCGUCAACAGAGAAGGCGUUGGUGAUGCAUGCAGACGAUGCACAGAAAGUGAUACUGUCCAAGAUGGCAGCGGAGAUGGAGCUGGAAUGUCGCAUGCUCCAGACGGAGACCUCCGCCAUUCCGUGCUUUCACGUCUUCAAGAAGCCAGAAGUGCCAGAAUCCAAGAACCAUGAACGACGAGCGUCAGCCCCCGAUCAAGGUAAAGGAUCUCCGGUUUUUACAGGACUGGAACUAGAUGCUGAGUCCUGCAAGCAGGUUCUUGACACCUUCCGUGACCUUGUGCCUUCUGGUUGGCAAGUUUUCGCCCACCACAUGACCAUCUGCCUGGGCAGUCUGGCCGAUGCGCGAUCCAACGACAGCGAGGUUUCACGUGAGGUGAGAGAGUCGAUACGCAAGCUGAAACCCACAGACAGUCUAGAACUACUUCCGUUCUGCAUGGGCAGGGCUGAUGGUGUAAUCGCCCUUGGGGUACUGGGAUGCCCUUCAGUCAAUCUCGUACCGCACAUAACACUAGCUUGUGCAAAGGGGCACAGGCCGGUUGAAAGCAACAAGAUCUCAAAUUGGAGGAGUUUACCGUCGGACAAGCUGCUGCCUGUGAAAGGACAUGUCCGAGAGUAUCAGCAGGCCGAGGUCGCUUCCGGCUUGACAGCAUCUGCUACACAAGAUCGUCAAGAAAUCUUAGGCCGAUUGGAGGCGCUAGAGGCUCAAGUUUUAGCUGCUCGAGCAAUUUGCAUGAAGCAGCUGCUGGAAUCUGAUGACAACGCUGUCCGCCGUGCCAUUGAAGAGCGCGAGCGUGAGCUUUUGUCCCUCAGCAAACUUAGCGAUGAUGAGCAAACGUGGCAAGCCGCCAAACCCGUCAAAGGCAAGCCGGGAAAAAUCGUUGACUAUGCCAUCGCCUGCUCCACGACAAAGGGCUUCGAGCCGGAGCCGAUCACGCUCAGAGUGGUUUUCGACUGGAGCGACACAGACGGCUCUGGCAAGCUCUCAAGGAAAGAGCUUGAAGCGUCUCUGGGCAAGAUCAGGGAAUGCUGCGGAGCGCUCCCUGAGAUUACUGACGAGGCAUGGAAUCAUCUCGACGAGGACGGCAAUGGUGUCGUCAACUUCGGCGAGUUCGCCGCCUGGGCUGGGCCACGCCUGGGCCUGGAGCUAGGCGUCAAGAAGAUGCUGGGCAAGUCUGCAACUACGAUGAUGCGGGCGUCGCCGUGCGGGGUGCUGGGUUGCCCCUGUGAAAACUUCGUCGGACACGAGGAGAAGAAGCACGACGCGAAGUGCAAGGACUGCAAGCACAAGGCAGGGCUGCACACGACAAGAGCCAGAGAUUCCGCUGGGGAAGUUCCGUUCCCGGACUACUGGCAGAACCACGACGGAGAUUUCAACGAGCUCAUUCCCAUGACAGGCAAGAUAGAUGAGUGGCAGAAAUUGUUGAAAGAAACGUACAGGAAAGCAUUCACGAAGGAUCGUGCCAAGCACAAUCCGACAAAUCCCAAGGUUCCUGCCGACUUUGAGGUGGUGAACGUCAAGCGCAACGAGAACAAAAAGACCUGGGAGGAGUAUGCCUGCCGCCGUGGUGAUUUGCUUGCCAGGGAAAAUCUCCCAGAGCUGUUUCCGGAUGUUAAGACGAGCCUGGCAAUGGAGAAGAUUGGAGGAGCGAAGGCCAACCGUCUGCACGGCGAGUGCAACGAGUGGUAUCUUUUCCACGGAACAAACCCGGUCGCUGCUGAAGCGAUUUGCCAGACGGACUUCAAAGUCAGCCGCGCUGGCUCCAGCACUGGCACCCUGUAUGGUAAAGGACUUUAUUUCGCCGAGUCGAUCACCAAGGCUGAUGAGUAUGCAAAGCCGAACGAGAAAGGGCUCUAUGCGGUCUUGAUCUGCCGAGUUCUUGGUGGCAAAGUACGCUACACGGACGAGGUAAAUCCGGACCCCGAGGAACUGGUGCAUUCCUGCAUCGAGGGUCCAUACGACUCCGUGUGUGGAGACCGCGAGAAAACGCGUGGGACAUACAGGGAGUUUGUACUCUUCGACUCCGAAGACGUUUAUGUGGAGUAUGUGAUUGAAUACAGACGGAAGUACAAGGACUAG